AUGAUAACUGGAAGCGUGAGCGUUCAUCCGCGGAUGGAAGAUCUGCAUGUUUCUGUGCCCGAGUUGCCUCCACCAAACCGAGGCCACCGACUCGAUAAGCAGGAAGGGCUUCAGGGCCGAUGUCUCUGUCGUCCGACGUGGCUGUGUAAGUACAAGGAUGCAACGGUGUAUGGACCGCAGCCCCUCUUGUUGGACCCACCUCUUCCCGCCAAAGAGGCGAGAGGUGUCGAAGCCGACGACUCCUCCAUCUUCCACUGUCAUCAGCGGCCUCCAGAGGGGCCCGACUUUGAGUCAAUCGAUCGCUACUUGGCGGGCGCUCCAAGCUCUCGCUCAGUCACUCUUAUUCGCGAGUACUUCGGCUUCUUCCUUAUCGCUGGGAGUGUCAUACUGCUCCUACUGAACCUGCGCACCUUACUUGAGCUCUGCACUCUCCGCAACCUUACGCGUGGCAUGCGCGCCCUCCUUCGAAGACUCCGCGGUCGAAGGGUGCAUAUCCAACAACGGUCUGGACUGGAAUGCGGUGGCCGUGAUGAUGCUGAUGAUAUUGGAACCUUCGAGAUCCCUCGACCACCGAAGGCAGUUGUUGUGGAGACGAUCCAUACGAGUCUUACCUACCGAUUGGCAAACCUAUACUACAGCGGCGUGUCUAAAAAAACACCUCGACGUGGAAGUGGAUACGGGGAAUCACUUCAUCUGGAGUUAACAGUCCAGCAGAGUGGAGGUAUCCAUAACUUUGGCCACAAGGUGAACCUCGGAUUUGCCGAUGCUGGAGCAAAUGCCUCCUCAGUGGCUGGCGUUGCUGGUUCGCAGGUGACUGAACACGUUGUGAUGGCCGGCGCGGGGUUGAGGAAGGGGAGGGUCGAGGACAACGCUCAACAGUAG